CUACCUAUUAGAAAUAGCUGCAAAUCCAGAAAAAUGCACUAUAUGUGUGGUACAAAGAGUGGAGUAAACAUGCUGCCGCAGAAUAUUCUAGGAUUUCUUGUGCUGAUAUUAGUCUUGUCAUUUGCCUCUGCAUUUUCGGAAGAGUCUCAGGAAGAUGAAGAUGACGGCACAGAAUUAAAGCAUUACUAUCCUAUUUCAUCUAACUAUAAGAAGACGAAGUUCGUCUGCCCCGCCAUUUAUGGCAAGUAUGCGCACGAGACGGAUUGUUCCAUGUUCUACGAGUGCCGAUUCGGAUACCCUCACCUCAUGAAGUGCACGCGGGGCAAGCUCUUUGAUGAGAAGAAAGAAGAGUGCAAAGAUGCCAGGAGGGUGAAGUGCAAGCGAGACAAGAAGAAAGACAAGGAUAGCAGCAGCAGCAGCAAUGAAGACAGUCGCAGCAAAGAGAGCAGCGAGGAGGUGACCACUGAGAAUUUCAAGUGUCCAUACAUCUGGGGUACCUUCGCCCACCCAGUAGACUGCUCCAAGUACUUCGUCUGCAUUUACAAAGUGCCGACACUCUACCAAUGUUCCAAAAAAGAGCUGUACGACACCAAAAGCCGUAAGUGCCGAGACAAAAGAAGAGUGAGAUGUGGUGACAGACUGGACAGAGAUCAAAUGAAAACGAGUAAGAGACCAAGCACAAAAAGCUAUACAACACCUACUGGAACAGAGGAAAUAACGGUGACCACAGAAGCACCAACCACAAAAGAGGCUCAUGAUUUCGGAUGUCCGUUCCCAAAUGGUCGAUUUGCAAAUCCUUCCAAUUGCUCUCUGUAUUAUGAAUGCAAAUCUGCUGUCCCGACUCUUCAGCAAUGCCCAGAGUCCACCCUGUACGACGAACGCAAGGAAGAAUGUCGAGAUGACAUAUUGGUCAGGUGUGGCGAAAGGCCUGGUGGUGUUAUUGAAGAUGACUCCUCAGAAGAAAAGAAAGAAGAGAAGAAAGAAUACCGUUGUCCAUACACCUGGGGUCUAUUUCCACAUCAGGACGACUGUUCUAAGUACAUCAUCUGUAUAUACAACGUCCCCACCGUAUUCAAUUGCAAGAAGACAGAGCUCUUUCAUGCGAAGUACAAAAGAUGCUUUCCCAAAGAGCUCGUCACUUGCGAUUACAGAAUCAAUCCUGAUGAUUUAUUCCCGCCUUCAAAGAAAACCACUGUGAUUACAGAAACUACCUCUAUUUCAACAACUAUCACUACAACAACAAUGACGACACCGGAAGUUAGCACAACUACUGAAACCUCUACGACUACAACAACCCCUACAACUACUACAACUCCCACGACCACCACAACACCUACAACUACUACUACUCCUACCACCACCACAACUCCUACAACUACUACUAUACCUACGACUACCACAACACCGACUACAACCACCACUACUCCUACGACUACCACAACUCCUACAACCACUACUACUCCUACGACUACCACAACUCCUACAACCACUACAACUCCGACACCCACUACCACUCCAAUCACUACCACCACUCCUACAACAACAACGACUCCAACAACCACCACAACUCCAGUUCCAACCACAACUGAAACUACCAAAGUAACCAAACCUAACACCCCGCCACCAACAGACUGUGAAGAAGACGACCUGGAUUGCAUAAUCGACGAUACAGGCGACGUGUCACGUUGGUUCGAUUGUCCUGAGAGAUAUGGUCACUUCCCCCACGGAAGUAGCCACCAACUCUUCAUUCAUUGCGACAACUGGCAUCCCUACGUCAAGAGAUGCGCCGAAGACACUGCCUUCUCACCCAAAUAUCUUGUCUGUAUGUGGAUUGAUAAACCUGGCCAGAAAUCGCACUCUUAAAUGAAAUAAUAAAUGACUUUUCGGCUGAAAUUCAUUUCAGCUUAAUAUCAUUUCUUCAUAAAAUUAUCAUUCAUUAAAGUGAAAUUGUGUCAAAUGGGUUGAAAAAUGGGCCUAGAAGUUUACAAUAUCAUUUAUUUAUUAAUUUACCACAGAAUGAAAUGAGAUUGUGCAAAUGGGUUGGAAAAUGGGCUAAUAAGUGUCUUUUUUUUUAAAUUUUGUUUGCAUAUCAUUUUACUGCCUAAAUAGAAAACUGGUAAUUUAUAAUUGCGAUGCUUAUUGGUGAGAAUCCGUCAAUCUAAGAAUUGUUACCUUUCAGUGCUAUUACUCACAUAUAAAAAAAGCAAAAAAGAAUUUUAUAUGUUCUCAUCUUUUGGCACAAUCUCACCUGAUUUUACAGUAUGCGUUUGAUUUAAUAAGAUAACAUGCAAGAAACGCUGGCAAAUAUUUAAGAAAGAAUGCCAUCUUUAUGUGGAUGAAUUCUCAUGACGUUACAAUUACUUGAUAAAUUGCGUAUAUCAUCUUAUUGUUUCGCUUUAGACUAUAGUAGCAAAAAAGAAAAUUCUAAAAAGAAAACCAUUUCAAAUUUCCACUCAACAUUAUGUAAUAAAGAGAAUGAACAUUGAAAAAUCUGAAAACGACCUUUUAAAGCAAAAAAAUGACAAAAUCAAUCAAAUUAGAUGAAAAUAAUUUCGAACACACUGGUGGAGAUAUUUUUUAAAAUGUCAUAAAAUGUAAUCUAGCGACUCAAUUAAGAAAAAUGUACUAAGGUAUUCUGGAUUCCAAAACACAUCAAUCAUUAGACUUGACUUAAAUUUUACUAUAUACAUGAAAAAGAAUACUUUGAUGAACCAAGAAGAAAAUUUAAACAGAAAACGAAAAGUAACUAAGCAAAGUUUAAGAACAAAUUUUAAAAAAAUCUAUAAAAUUAAUAUUUGUAUAAUUCGAAUCCAGUAUUAAUAUUCGAACUUGAAUUAUAUUACCGAAGAAAAUAGAACGAAAAUAAUAAUUAAAUUCACAAUUUUUUCGAUCAUUAAAAGUAUUGUUCUUGCCGUUGUUAGGAGUUGUUCUUAAAACAGCGAUUGUUCGAUACGGAAUAGACUUCACAUUUAAAAUGGCGGGCAUUUUUAUGCUUGUCAUGUAAGGACAAACUGUUCUCAUUCUAUCUCCACACUUUAAUAAUAUAACUUUUUUUCUUUUAAUUAAUGACAUACCGUUUAAAUAGCUUAUCGGCUGUGAGAAAAACUUUUCUGUCUAUUGAAAUUCAUCAAUCAUCCAGUUGACAAAGCGGCCAUCCAUAAGCGCAGACGAUCUAGUAAGGUUUGCUUUCCAAAGAUAGCAGCAAUGUUUCAGUUACGUUGGCCACAAAAUUAUUAUUAUUAUUAUUAUUUUAGAGAGGAGAUUUUAAAGAUUUUUUGGGUAUUUUUAUUUUGCAUAUCCGCUUUUUUAAAAUUUUAUAAAUGAUCAUUGUUUGUCUGCUUUUAAGAAUGGCAACAAGCUGUACUUUUAUUAUUAUUUUUUUAGAAUUCUUCCUUUACUAAAGUAAAUAAAAUGCUGUUGCCAUGGGAUCAUAAUUAUCUCUGUAGUUCUUGCUUUCUCACUUAAUUGUUUAUUAACAUAAUUUUGUUAAAAUAAUUUAAAUUCUUCCUAAAUAAUGAAAACUAAUUGUGGAAACUCAAUUAAGAAUAAAUUCAGCUUCUUCGGAAUGUUACUGAUAAGCGUGAUAGGAUUUAUGCUACCAAACUUUGCAAUUGUAAAGGUAAGAGCUUCUUGUUAUUUCGUAAAUACGGUAUAUUCUCGAAACUUUUAUUUGGAUACAAGUAUUUAUGUGAAUUAUUUCAAUGAAAUGAUCAUAUUGAAUAAUAAUUAGAGUUGGAGUGAUUAUUUUCAAUAAUAAAAGAAUAUAGGUUAUUUGGUUAUGUGAAAUUGAAAUAAAAUAUACACAUAUUUUGCUAGUACAUAGAAAUAUACACAUUACAUGUCCAUAGCUUGAAGAAUUUUUUUCUUUCCACAUCUUCCCAGAUUCAGUAUCUAGACUUUUCCUAAUAUAAAAUGACCCCUUUGAAGGAGGUAUUUUCUAAAAAAGUCAUUAAUCAUUAAUUAUUUUUAUGUAAAAAGAGUGAAAUAUUCCAAUAUCGAAAUUAAGUGAUCCCCAGAACUCCGAUAUUCUAUGUUUUGUAUAUAUUCUGUUACUGUGUUUUCUUAUUAUGAAAUCUUUCUUAUUUGAAAAGCUUUUGCAUUAAUAUGACGUUGUCAUUAAAGAAUGGAUGAAAAAUCAUUUAUAUUUACUAAUAAAGGAUAUAUAACACCA